CUUGUUGGCGUCUGUGUAUGUUUUCGUCUGUGCGCGCAGUAGAAAGGCCUGGUGUGAGUACAGGUUCCUGACUUUAAAUAUGGAUGAAAUAUCUAAUCACAGCGCAGCAAUGAACCGAAGUUCACCUGGCGACGAGAAAUUCAGUUUCGAAGACAUCGAUGUCAGCGCAGACGGCACCCUCAUCUUGAGGGUACUCAUCUCCGUGGUGUACUCUGUAGUUUGCGCGGUGGGUUUAGUGGGGAAUCUGCUCGUCUUUUUCCUAAUGAGGUUACGACAAGGUCGGAAGAAGUCCACCAUCAAUUUCUUCAUCAUCAACUUGGCGGUCACGGACUUCCAGUUCGUGCUCACUCUGCCCUUCUGGGCCGUGGACACCGCGCUGGACUUCAGCUGGCCGUUUGGAGACGCCAUGUGCAAAAUCAUUCUCUCGGUCACAGUGAUGAACAUGUACGCCAGCGUGUUUUUCCUCACUGCCAUGAGUGUGACCCGCUACUUGUCUGUAGCCUCGUCUCUAAAGAAAAAUUCUUACAGGAGGUCACGGUGUGUGAAGUGGGUGUGCGCAGUGCUGUGGGUGGCGGCAACAGUGGCCACAGCUCCGACAACUAUCUUCUCCACAGUGACUGUGGUUGCUGGAGAAAAACUCUGCCUCCUCAAGUUUCCUGAAGGGCACGACUGGCUCGCUCUUUAUCACAUCCAGAAAAUAUUGAUCGCCUUCAUCGUCCCUAUGCUCAUAGUGUCUGUUAACUACAUGAUGCUCUUGCGCUUCCUAAGACAGAGGAGCAUGAACAGCACCAACCCUAGAAGGAGGUCCAGAGUCACCAAAUCUGUAGCUAUAGUGGUUUUGUCUUUCUUCUGCUGCUGGAUGCCAAAUCAUGCCAUCACCUUCUGGGGUGUCUUGGUCAAAUUUAACGCAGUCAACUGGGAUAAAUUAUAUUACACGGUUCAUACGUACGUGUUCCCGGUCACUGUGUGCUUGGCGCACGCAAACAGCUGCUUGAACCCGGUACUUUACUGCCUGAUGAGGCCAGAGAUUAGAAAGAUGCUCAGAGGUUUGUUUUGGAGAGUCUCCACUCCAUCCUCCAACAAGGGCUGCGCGACGCGCUCUUUUACGCAUGGAGAAACCCAGAGAGUCGUGCCUCUCCAGAUUAUGGACAACGGAGAGUACACGCUAUCCAUCAUAGACCGCAAAGGCUUAUCAAGCUCCAAUAUGAUCCCAUACACCCAACAUUAAUCUGGAGAAAAAUAGGAAAUUUUUCCACCUUUAGCUCAUUUUUCAUGCGUAAUGCUUUCGCUAGUAUCCCCAAUAUGAAGAUCUCUUAACUACACACAUUUAAGAAGCACGUUACCAUGUGUUAUGUGUUAUGAAAUAUGUAUGACAAAUGUAAUGUGGCAUUUAUUUAAUUUCUAAAGCUGCCAUUGUUUCAUUUUUUCUUUUCUCUCUCUCCUUUAAAUUGCAGCUGUGCGUAGCAUUUGUUUAUGACCUUUGCAAGAUUACUGUUCUUGGAAUGCUCCAUUUGCUUGACAAUUAGGAGCGACAAGAAACGGAAUUAACGUUUGCAA